AUGAAGUUAAUACCUAUAGUGUUGUCUAUCUUAAUGGUAUGGAGGUUAACUUCCGUAUUCCUUGUACAAACUGCCCAUGUUCCGGAUGAGUAUUGGCAAUCGGUAGAAGUGGCUCAUCGUUUAGCAUUUGGAUAUGGAUAUCUCACGUGGGAAUGGCAUGCAAAAAUUCGCAAUUACAUCUAUCCAUUCUUGAUAUCUAUCAUCUAUCGAAUCUUGGCAUUGGUGUCUUUGGAUCGUGUAACAAUCUUGACGGUAUUACCACGAAUGCUUCAAGCAAUUGUCUGUGCUUACGGAGAAUACAGAUUUUAUCAGUGGACAAAAAACAAGUGGACAUUAUAUAGUUUAUGUUUAAAUUGGUACUGGUAUUAUUGUGCCUCGCGUACAUUAAUAAAUACUGUAGAAACAGCAUGUACUAUGAUAGCUUUGUCGAUAUUUCCAUGGCGCGAUAGUAACGUUAGAAACUUAAACUUCUUAUGGAUCGUGGGAUUUCUAUGUAUGAUAAGACCUACUGCUGCUGUUAUAUGGCUACCCUUAUGCCUUUAUCAUUUAUGUACAAGUUCGCGAGACAAAUUAAUGUUAACAUGUCGAUAUAGCGUGAUAUGCAUAGUUUGUUGUUUAAGUUCAAUAUUAUUGGAUAGUUACUGUUAUGGUACACUAGUCGUUUCACCUUGGGAAUUUUUAGUUGUAAAUGUAUUUCAUAGGAUUGGAGACGUAUAUGGAACGCAGCAUUUUUUGUGGUAUAUUCUCUGUGGAUUACCAGCACUUUUAGGAGUAUAUUACAUUGUCUUUUUAUUAUGUAUUUGGCAAGUAAUUAAAUACUAUGCUUGUUUUCAUCGUCAGGCAAUCAUGUUAAUUGUCAUUGGAUGGACAAUCAGCGUUUACUCAUUAUUGUCUCAUAAGGAGUUUAGAUUUUUAUUACCUUUAUUACCAAUGUUAAUAUAUAUAUGUACUUCCUGUACAUUCCGUUUAAAUGUAAAGUUUGCAAAAAUAGGAAGAAAAAUUUUUAUAGCGCUGUUAGUAAUUAGUAAUAUUAUUCCUGGUGUUUACUUUUGCGUGAUACAUCAACGUGGAUCAUUGGAUGCGAUGGACGUUCUUCAUAAAGAAAUUGUUAACGCCGAGAAUACAACUAACAUAUUAUUUCUCACACCUUGUCACGCAACGCCUUUGUAUAGCCAUUUACAUGUAAAUGUAUCUGUAAAAAUAUUGACUUGCGAACCUAAUUUGUACAAUAUUGCAAAUUACGUGGACGAGGCGGACGCAUUUUUCGCAGACCCAAUUCACUGGCUUGAUCAUAAUUACAAUAACAAUGAAAAUGCUAUAAUACCUAGUUAUAUAGUAACAUUUGAUAAUAUUUCAUCAAAAAUAGGACAAUUUCUAGAACAUUAUCAAGUUAUGUCUAAAUUGUUUUAUACGCAUUUUCCUCAAUCAAAUUAUGGAAAAUAUAUUCAUAUAUAUAAACGCAAAUAA